UUCGCCUGGUAACCGGGAGGCGUGGCUGCGGCGGGGCUAGGAGCGGAGAAGCCCCGUCCUCCACGCCUUGGGCUCCCCUAGAUGCUGGAGACCGCCAGGCUGACGGACACAGCCCGCAGCUGGAGGCCCGCCGCUGAGGUCCAGACCAUGCUUCCCUUCGUCUCCCUGCCGAGCACGGAGGGCGCGGGCGGCCGCGCAGCGGCAGCCCCGCCAGCGGGCCCGGGGCGCGCGGCCGCCCGCGGAAGAGCAAAGGGCCGAGCUGAGCGCGCGUGCCCGGACUGCGCGCCCUAGGAAGGGAAGAAAGGAUCGCUGGUGUCCCUGGUGGUUGUUCCUCCCUCGCUCGUCUGAGCGGAGGAAGAGCCUUGAUUGAUUCCGCUCUCUCCUCCCCACCUUUCCCUAAGAACCCUCCAGCUUGCGCUUCCUUUUUUGUACCAAAGCCUCCCCCUGCCCCGCAAAGCCCAGGCCUCAGCCGCAAUCCUCAGCCGGUAAAGAAAGGUAAAUAAAUGAAUGCAGUCAAGUGUA